UUAUGCGGAAUCGCCUAAAGCUCAAGACCCCCAGCAAUUAACCUGGUACAAUUACAUAAAAUAAAAAGAGUUAAAGUUUUUAAAAAUCGUAGCGCAGUAACAAAACAACAUCAGAGUCAACUAGACAAUAGACUGUUAAACAAAUAUUUAAGCAACAUGCUUCUGUUGCUGAUACUUACAUUAUUGUCUUUGACCAGGAGCAGGCCUGAGUCUGGUGUGGAAAUUGUGAAUUUAUCGACGCAGCUUCUCGAUCAAAGUGGCUUCAAGCAAUUGCCCUUUCGACUUAAGCCCUACAACAUAGGCGUCUACUACACAAAGCUGGAUGACAGGCUACGUCAAACCCUGCUCGAUGUUCGCAAUCGGACACAAGUGACGGUGCUCUCCAAGAUCGAUUCUCUGCUGGAACAUAAUGCCAAGAUUGGCAGACUUCAGCAGCCGGUCGCAGAAGAUUAUAGUUUUCCAUGCAACUUAAGCAAAGGAAGAUCUCCUGAACCGCCAAGUCAUAUAACUCGAUUGCGUCCCGGUGAUAUCGAUAUUGUAGCUGCCCUUGGGGAUUCUACCCAUGCUGGUACUGGCAUCUUGGCUUUGGGAUGGCGUGAUUUGAUGACAGAAUAUCGGGGCUUCUCAUAUGGAGGCGGCGGCAUUGAAUCCUGGCGCACUGUGCUCACCGUGCCCAACAUACUGAAGCUAUACAAUCCGAAUCUUUAUGGCUAUGCCGUCGCUCAUUGUCUGGCUGUCGAUCCCAAUUCACGAUUCAAUGUUGCUGAGCCAGCGUUGUACUUGUUGGAUUUGCCAUUUCAGGCGCACGUUCUUAUCGAUCGCCUGCGGAAGGAUCCUAAGGUGGAUAUGGCGAAGCAUUGGAAAAUGAUCAACAUUCAUGUGGGUCCCAAUGACGUGUGCACCGAACUGUGCCACAGAGAUGACUUGGAGGCCUUUCUGCGCACGGUGAAAAGUGUUAUGUAUGAAACCUUCCGAGUGCUCAGAGAUAAUGUGCCGAGACUGCUGAUUAACUUUGUAAUACAACCGGAGAUUCAUGAUAUGCUCAAUACAAUACACAAAAUGCCACAGGACUGUAAAGGAAAAACCAUUUUCUUCUGCCACUGUCACCCCAAAUAUGACAAGUCGCAUUUUUACAAUGCUGCUGAGCGAUUUGUGAGAAUGCAGAAGGAAAUUGCUUCGAUGCCCGAGUUUCAACGCGAUGACUUUGCCAUUGUGAAUCAUGGCAUUCUCAGGAAUAUUAGCGAUUUUUGGUCAAAGAAUGGGGUACUCGACCAUACUUUUAUGGCCAACGAUUGUAUACACUUCAGUCAGAAGGGUCAAGCGGUGUUGACCAAACUAUUGUGGAAUAGCAUGUUUGCGCCAACUGAUUUUAGAUUUACAGAAGCUUGGAGUCAUCCCUUUGAGCAUUUUUUGUGUCCCAAUGCAGAGAAUCUGUUUCUGAGAACAAAAGGUGACCAAUAUUAAUUGGAUAAUAAUGUUAAAAAACUGAAAAAGUUAACUCAGUUCUUAGACUAUGGAUAUUAUUGCAGUUUUUACACUGUUAUAUUCUUGUAUAAGAAAU